ACUCGGAUUACACGCAUACCACUGAUAUUGUGAAAAAAUAGAUGAAAAACCCUCUUCUUGAGAAUUUCAAAGGAUACACCGUAUGUUUACGGCCAAAGAAAACACACGAUAACUGUUUUAAGAUCGAAUUAGUGGAAAUUAAAAAAAAUACUUGGAUUGCUACAUCUUUUCCGUGGUGUCGGGAGCUGGGAGCGACCAUGUUAGGAAGGUGAUAAGAAGAGAAGAAGCAACUGCCCCAAACUGGCUGAUCGUGAAGUGGGCGGGACCAGGUCUGGAGCAAGACAUGGAGGGACACCUUAACUAACCAAUGGAAUCAGAGCUGUGCCCUCCUGGCAAACUUUUGCUGAAAGUGUCAAGGCAAUGAGAGGGGGAGCAUAAUGGCCAAGAACAAGGAGCCCCGCCCUCCAGCAUAUGCUGUCAGUGUUGUUGGGCUCUCAGGGACAGAGAAAGAGAAGGGUAACUGUGGUGUGGGCAAAUCCUGCCUAUGCAACAGAUACGUACGCCCCAGCGCGGACAGCUAUUACUCAGAGCACACUUCUGUGUUGAGCACAAUUGACUUUGGAGGACGUGUGGUGAAUAAUGAUCAUUUCCUCUAUUGGGGCGAAGUGUUACACAGAGGGGACGAUGGCCUCGAGUAUAAAAUACACGUCAUCGAACAGACUGAGUUUAUCGAUGAUCAAACGUUUUUGCCCCAUCGCAGCACAAACUUGCAGCCCUACACUAAGCGGGCUGCGGCGUCAAAGCUGCAGUCCGCGGAGAAAUUGAUGUACAUUUGCACAGACCAGCUCGGCCUGGAGCAGGACUUUGAACAGAAACAAAUGCCUGACGGGAAGCUGAACAUUGACGGUUUUGUCCUGUGCAUAGACGUUAGCAAAGGAUGCAAUAGAAAAUUUGAUGAUCAGAUGAAAUUUGUCAAUAAUCUUUACUCUCAGAUAGCCAAGUCAAAAAAGCCUAUUAUCAUCGCUGCAACAAAAUGUGACGAGUGUAUAGAGCAAUACUUAAGGGAUGUCCAGGCUUUCGCUGCAAAUAAAAAGAACCUCCUGGUGGUUGAAACAUCCGCUCGGUCGUCUGUUAACGUAGACCUCUGUUUUAACGCUCUGACCCAGCAGAUGGACAAAACACGAGGCAAACCCAAAACCAUCCCGUACUUGGAGGCAUACAAAUCUCAGAGACAGUUAGUGGCCUCUGUCACAGACAGGUUUGAAAAGCUCAUUGUACAGACUGUCCGAGAUUAUCACACAAACUGGAAAACGGUUAGCAAUUCAUUAAAAAACCACCCAGACUAUGAGGAAUACAUCAACUUGGAGGGCACCAGAAAAGCCCGAAACACCUUCUCAAAGCACACUGAGCAGCUCAAACAGGAACAUAUCAAGAAAAGGAGAGAUGAGUAUCUCUCCAGUCUGCCAAAAAUUCUCAAUAACUUACUUAACAACCUCGAGGAAAUCGAGCACCUCAGUUGGAUAGAGGCACAGAACCUCAUUAAGAGUAGGCCUGAAUUUCAGUACUGGUUUGUUGUGUUGGAGCAGACCCCAUGGGAUGAGACGGAUCACAUUGACAAAAUCAAUGACAGGAGAGUGCCCUUUGAUAUCCUCAAAACCUUCGAAGGAGAGAGGAUAUAUCAAAACCACGUCCAGCAUUUGAUCUCAGAAAAGAGGCGGCUGGAGAUGAAGGAAAAAUUCAAGAAGACUCUGGAACGGGUGCAUUUCAUUAGUCCGGGACAGCCCUGGGAAGAAGUCAUGUGUUUUGUCAUGGAGGACGAGGCUUACAAGUAUAUCAGUGAAUCCGAUCGCAGGGAUGUUUACAGUCGGCAUCAGCAGGAAAUAGUUGAAAGGGCCAAAGAGGAAUUUCAGGAAAUGCUUUUUGAACAUGCUGAGCUGUUUUACGACCUGGAUUUAAAUGCCACCCCAAGCUGUGACAAGAUGAGUGAGAUCCACACUGUACUCAAUGAGGAACCCAGAUACAGAGCUCUACAGAAACUUGCCCCAGAUAGAGAGUCUCUCUUAUUGAAGCACAUUGGGUUUGUGUAUCACCCCACAAAGGAGACAUGCCUGAGUGGUGUUGGUUGUGUGGAUCUGAAAGUCGAGCAGGUCCUUGCAAAUAGGCUGGUUCAGCUGGACCAUGGUCGUUCCAAUCUCUACUAUAACAGUGCCAAUAUCGAUAAAAUCAAUUUAUUUCUCCUGGGCAGAGAGGGAUUGGCUCAGGAACUCGCUAAUGAAAUCAGAGCUCAGUCCACAGAUGACGAGUAUACUCUAGAUGGGAAAAUUUAUGAAUUGGACCUUAAACCGUUUGAUGUCAAUUCUGCGUUGUUUUUGAGCCAUUCCUUGGCAUCAACGUUUAAACCUCACGGGUGCUUCUGUGUCUUCAGCUCAAUAGAGUCGCUUAAUAUUAUUGGUGAAUGCAUUAGCCGAAUUCGAGCAGAGAUGGCUCAGAGCAGAAGAGACAGAUUCGCCCAGCCUUUGCCAUUUAUCCUCAUUCUGGCAAACCAGAGAGACAGUGUUUGCAAAAACAUGCCUAUUUUGAGGCAUCAAGGCCAACAGCUUGCCAACAAAUUACAGUGCACCUUUGUAGAUAUACCCUCUGGUACCUUCCCACGCAAAUUUAACGAGUCCCAAAUAAAACAGGCUCUCAGAGCCGUUCUGGAGGGGCUGAAGCACAACUUUGACGUGAUGUGCCCCGCACCCUCCAUCAAAGAUCUGUCCGAGACAGAUUUGCGCAUCGUUAUGUGUGCCAUGUGCGGAGAUCCAUUCAGCGUGGAUCUCAUUCUCUCGCCUUUUCUGGACUCGCACUCGUGCAGUGCCGGUCAGCCUGGUCAAAGCAACACCCUGAUUCUCGAUAAAAUCAUAGGCGACAGCCGCAGACGAAUACAGGUCACCGUCCUCUCGUACCACUCCUCGAUCGGAAUCAGGAAGGACGAAUUGGUCCACGGUUACAUUCUCGUUUACUCAGCAAAACGAAAGGCCUCCAUGGCUAUGCUGAGGGCUUUCUUGGCAGAGGUCCAAGAUGUCAUCCCAGUCCAAAUGGUGGCCAUCACAGACAGCCAGGCUGAUUUCUUUGAGAACGAGGCCAUCAAGGAGCUGAUGACUGAAGGGGAGCACAUUGCUACGGAAAUCACGGCUAAAUUUACAGCACUCUACUCUUUAUCUCAGUACCACCGUCAAACAGAGGUAUUCACACCUUUUUUCAAUGAGGUACUCGAGAAGAAGAGCAGCAUUGAGAGCUCCUUCAUGUUUGACAACACCAGGGAUGGGACCGGCGCCACUGAGGAAGUCUUUCCACAGUCUCCACACAGCCACUCGCCUGCGUACAGUUAUUACCCUGACUCUGAGGAGGAUGGGGAAGGUCCGCCGCCUUACAGCCCCAUUGGGGAUGAUGUACAGCUGCUGCCCACGCCCAGCGAUCGCACCAAGUACAGAAUUGACCUGGAAGGGAAUGAGUACCCUGUCCACAGCACACCUGUUGGUGAUCACGAACGCAACCACAAAGUGCCUCCCCCAGUGAGACCCAAGCCUGUUCUGCCGAAACCUAGCGUGAAGAAGCUUGACCCCAACCUUCUAAAGACCAUCGAGGCGGGCAUGAGGAGCACCCGAAGGACGCGAGGACCAAUGGCCCAUGCUGAGGACCUUGAGUCGUCCGACAAUUACGCGGAGCCGGCUGACACACUCCUUAAAUCAAAGGGCUUAAACGAUGAUAUUUACGCCGUCCCGGAGGACACCCACAGCCGGAUCGUCAAGAUGCGUAACUCGUUCGGCGGGCUUCACGUCUUGCACGGCGAAGAGGAGAACGGCAUCGACCGUCUGUCCAAGUCCCAGUGCAGCAGGAGACCUUCUAAGUACAAGCACCGUUCGAAGAUCCUCUUCAGCAAGACGAAAGCCUACCACAGACGCGUUCACUCUGACGUCAGCGACGACGAGUCGGGGCCAGCGUCGCAGAAGAAGAAGAAGGGCAGGGGUCAUCGGUGCAGCGAGGAAGACCCCUUGCUCUCUCCUGUGGAUCCCUGGAAGGUGGGGAUAGACAACCCAGCCAUCACUUCUGACCCAGAGCAGGAUGACAAGAAAUCGAAGAAGAAGAAGGCACCAAAGACCAAGGAACCCAAAAAGACAAAAUCAAAGGCUACUAAGCCUCUGUAUCCACCCACGCGAAGGAACUGGGAAAGCAACUACUUUGGUGUGCCCUUGGAGAACCUGGUAACCCCUGAUCGACCAAUCCCGUUGUUCAUUGAGAAGUGUGUGGAAUACAUUGAGCGCACAGGUCUCACAGCAGAGGGUCUGUACCGCGUGAGUGGAAACAAGACCGAUCAGGACAACAUUCAGAAACAGUUUGACCAAGAUCACAGUGUGGACUUUCUGGCCAUGGAUGUGGCGGUGAAUGCGGUGGCUGGAGCUCUCAAAGCUUUCUUCGCUGACCUGCCAGAUCCCCUCAUCCCCUAUAACCUGCACCCAGAGCUGGUGGAGGCAGCCAAAAUUGUGGACCACGUCGAGCGUCUUCAGGUGCUGAAGGAGAUAGUGAGGAAGUUCCCUCCCGUGAAUUACGAAGUUUUCAAAUACGUCAUCACUCACCUUAACAGAGUGAGCCAGCAGAGUAAGACUACCCUGAUGACGGCCGACAAUCUGUCCAUCUGUUUCUGGCCCACGCUCAUGAGGCCAGACUUCGAAAACAAAGACACACUCUCCACCACCAAGCUCAACCAGUCCGUCAUCGAGUCUUUCAUCCAGCAGAGCCAGUACUUCUUCUACGGCGGCGAGAUCGCCGAACCCCCCAGCGCCGAGGGAACUCCUCCGCCCCACGGCCACGGCAUGGUGGAGUCUCUCCUGGCCCUACAGCUGCCCCCACCUCUCCAACCCCAGCAGAUCCAACACCCGCUACCGCCCGACCCGCUGAUGUAGCGCCACCUACACCCAGAGUCCAGCGACUGCAACGUCAAAACACACACACACACACACACGUACGCUCACACAUACACGCCAUGCGGCAACCUUUUUAAACAGUUAAACGGCUGCACUCGAUUUUUGAACAAAGAGGGAAAAAAAACAGAGGCAGUGAGGAGUGGAUCUGUGUCAGCCUAACCUCCAGCAAGCAACGUGUAUUUCACUCUCUCUUCUCGUUUUUUUUUCUCUUCUUCUUCUUUUUUUUUAAUAUUUUGCCCUGAUGCUGUAUCUGUGAACUGACGUACAUCUCAGCGACCUUUGAAAAGAAUGGCGUGUUGCGGAGGGAAGAAUUUGACUCUCCUGAAUUAGGAUACCGAGGAGAUGCUUCAAGCCACCGGUGCACAUGCAUGCAGAGACCACCGCUGGUGCCACCAAUGGGAAAAGAAAAAAAUAAGGAAGA